UUUAACAGGGAAGAGAGAUAGAUAGAAGGAAGUCGAGGCGGCGAGAGUAGAGAAUCCUAUCUUCUCCGUGCGUCUUCUUCGUAAAACCAUACACACGCAGUGCUGUGCUUCGGAUGUGGAGUUGAAACAGAGUAUCGCAUCAAACGAAUCAAUCGAUGGCGACUCAAUCGGCCAACCUAUGGGUUCUGUUGGGGCUGGGUUUAGCGGGAAUUCUUCUAAUCACCAGAAAGCUCAAGAAGUCUGUCAGAGAGGAUUUCGGCGCUUUUCUCGAGAAGCUUCAGCUCCUUCCGCCGCCGCAGCCUGCUCCUCCCAAAGCUCCUCAUCCUCUCACCGCCCUCACUUUCGCACUCUCCGACUUAUUUGACAUCGAAGGACGUGUCUCUACGUUCGGCCAUCCCGAGUGGGCUAGGUCUCACGAGCCCGCUUCUUCCACUUCUCCCGCGGUUUCUGCUCUCGUCGAAGGAGGCGCCACCUGCGUUGCAACUACCGUUGUCGAUGACUUUGCUCUAGGGCAUUAUGGAACACCGACUAAUCCCGCUGCACCUGCACGAGUACCGGGUGGAUCCUCCAGUGGUGCUGCUGUGGCUGUUGCUGCCAAUUUCGUUGACUUUGCAUUGGGUAUUGAUACUACUGGUGGGGUGAGGGUACCUGCUGGAUUUUGUGGCAUUCUAGGAUUUCGACCCUCACAUGGUGCUGUUUCACAUUUGGGAAUCAUACCUAUCUCAACAAGUCUGGACACUGUUGGUUGGUUUGCAAAGGAUCCCUCUAUAUUGCGUCGAGUUGGCCAUAUACUCUUACAAGCACCAUUUGUAGUUCAACGCAGUCCUAGACAAAUAAUUAUAGCUGAUGAUUGUUUUCAGCAUAUAAAUGUUCCUCUUGACAGGAGUUCUCAAGUGGUGGUCAAAGCUACUGAGAAGCUUUUUGGAAGGCAAGUAUUGAAGCACAUAAAUCUUGGGGACUAUAUAAGUUCGAGGGUUCCAAGCUUGAAGGGGUGUUCUGGUCAGAAAACAAACGGUGAAGUGAAAGCUUCUUCACUGAAGUUACUUGCUAACAUUAUGCAAUCCCUACAAAGGCAUGAAUUCAAACAUACACAUGAUGAGUGGAUGAACACUGUAAAACCUGACCUAAGUCCUUCUGUUUCAGUACAAUUGCAUGAAAAAUUUGAGGUAUCCGGUGUAGAGAUUGAAAAUUCCAAAUCCAUCAGAAGUGAGAUGCGUUCGGCUAUAAAUUUGCUUUUGAAGGAUGAAGGAAUUUUGGUUAUCCCCACAGUAGCUGAUCCACCUCCAAAAUUAGGUGGGAAGGAGAUCUUAUCAGAUGAUUAUCAGAGCCGAGCAUCUAGUCUGUUGAGUAUUGCAAGCAUCUCAGGCUGUUGCCAGGUCUCAAUACCAUUGGGAUUUUAUGACAAGUACCCUAUUUCAGUGUCUUUGAUAGCCAGGCAUGGUGGUGAUCGAUUUUUACUUGACACACUACAGACCGUCUAUACCACUCUCCAAGAACUGGCUGAUAUUGCUUCCAAAAGCAAACCAUCUGAAAAUGUUGUCAGUAAAGAGCAGUCUGCUGAGUUCGCUAAAGAGAAGGGAAAUCAAGCAUAUAAAGAUAGGCAGUGGCAGAAAGCCAUUGGAUUUUACACAGAAGCUAUCAAACUCUGUAGUGAUAAUGCAACGUACUAUAGUAACAGGGCUCAAGCGUAUCUAGAACAUGGAAGUUAUCUUCAAGCUGAGGCCGAUUGUACCAAGGCAAUUAGUCUGGACAAAAAGAAUGUGAAGGCCUAUUUUCGUAGAGGUACAUCUAGAGAGAUGCUAGGCUACUACAAGGAAGCAAUUGACGAUUUUAAGCAUGCUCUUGUACUUGAGCCGACCAACAAAAGGGCAUCUGCAGCGGCUGAUAGGUUGAGGAAGCUAUUCCAGUAGGUACAUAAUUUUGGCAUGGGAUAAGGGUCUUCAAUUCAUUGUUGGUGGUGCUGGUGACCUAUAAGCGCUGAGACGAUUAGUGAGUUUCUAGUUACAAUAAUAGAAGAGUAAUCCGCAUGUGAUUUCUGCAAAAUGAUAAUGAUUCUUUUGUGCUUUGAGGCAUAUCAAUUCUUAGACAUGGAAAGCAUGUAUCGUACCAUCCCUUCUUCAGGUUCUUUUGACAAAAGUUACGUAUUUAUUGCCAGAAUGAGUCCCAAUUUUGCUGGAGGUAAAUAUAUUCGGAUUGUAAUCAGUCAAGUGAGGCGGUUCGUAGGACUAUAGCUCGGUGUUUAACUGUUUCUCCAUUGUACUUUCACAGUUUUAUAAUCUUUGCCCAGCUGAUGUUCCCCAUUUGUUAGUGCUUAUUAUGACUACAGCUGU